UCCCAAUCCUUGAAUCUUUUCCUUCUCUUUCAAGUUCCUCCUGAUUUAGUAAGGGUUCAUUUAGCUUUCUAUUCUCUAAACUCAGUCAUUUUCUAAACUUGUUUUUUUCCCAGGAAAAAUAAUUUCCCUACGUUCUUUUUAUUUUCAUCAGUUUUGUUGGAUUGGGUCUGUCUUUGGAGAAAAGUCCCAUCUUUGGGUAUGUUUGGAUAGUGAGAAAAUCAUAUAAUGCCGGUAUCAACAAGGUUUCAGAUCAACAGCCAAGAAGAACGGCAAAGAAGCAGAAGAUCAAAUGAAGAAAGCCAGAUGAACAAUGUCACUAACAAUUUUACUCCGAGGAAUCCACAUCAUGGGUUGAAGGAAAAAAUGAGAGCUUUAACUCUUUUAUAUGAGCAACAAAAGAAAGCUUCUGCAAUUCUGAGAAACAAUAACCCAAAAUCUGAUCAUCUGGAGCAGGGUUUUACAUGUCACCCAACUGCUCAUCUUCUCCCUUCUUGCAAAACACAAGAGAGGAAAGAGGAGAAAGAGAAAAAAGAUCCCAAAUUCAUGGCUAAUCCGACAGUGACUAGAACUUUUGUGUUGCCUCUACCACCGUUGGAUGAUGCAAAGGAGAAUCUUUCGAUUGGUACUGAUAAGAUUCUUGGGUUCUCUUCUUGUGCAAGAAAGGCAACGGCCACGACGACUACGGAGAUGGCGAAACCGAUGGCGGUGGCGAGGAAGCUGUCGAUGUUGGGGGCAGGGAACGUUCAAGAAUUAGAGAAAAUGGAGAGCAAUGCCAACACUGAGAAAAAUGGGGGAAUUGGUGGAAAUGAGAGUAGGAUUCAUGUGUUUGUAAGGCUUAGGCCUAUGGCAAAGAAGGAAAAGGAAGGUGGUUCAAGAUGUUGUGUCAAGAUUGUGAAUAAGAAAGAUGUUUACUUGACUGAGUUUGCUAAUGAAAAUGAUUAUCUUAGACUGAAGAGGCUUAGAGGCAGAUAUUUUAGUUUUGAUGCUUCAUUCCCGGAUUCUGCUACUCAACAUGAAGUUUAUUCAACCACGACUGCAGAGCUUGUAGAAGCAGUUUUACAGGGAAAGAAUGGCUCGGUGUUCUGCUAUGGUGCCACAGGAGCUGGGAAAACUUAUACAAUGCUAGGAACCUUGGAAAACCCAGGUGUGAUGGUUUUGGCUAUCAAAGAUGUGUUUACAAACAUUAGGAAGAGGAGCUUUGAUGGAAACCAUGCAGUUCAUCUCUCCUAUCUUGAGGUCUACAACGAAACCGUCCGGGAUUUACUCUCGCCCGGAAGACCACUUGUCCUGAGAGAGGAUAAGCAGGGAAUUGUUGCAGCAGGUAUUACACGAUACAGGGCUUAUUCCGCUGAUGAAGUGAUGGCGUUGCUUCAAAGAGGAAACCAAAACCGAACCACUGAACCAACUCGGGCAAAUGAAACGUCUUCACGGUCCCAUGCAAUUCUUCAGGUUGUGGUUGAAUAUCGAGUCAAAGAUGCUUCGAUGAAUAUCAUCAGUAGAGUUGGAAAGCUUUCACUCAUAGAUCUUGCUGGAUCUGAAAGAGCCCUCGCAACGGAUCAGAGAACACUUAGAUCGUUGGAGGGUGCGAACAUUAACCGGUCACUUCUUGCACUGAGCAGUUGCAUCAAUGCCCUUGUUGAGGGUAAGAAACACAUACCGUACAGAAACUCGAAACUCACUCAGCUUUUGAAAGACUCAUUAAGUGGAGCUUGUAACACUGUAAUGAUUGCUAACAUCAGUCCAAACAAUCUCUCAUUUGGUGAAACACAAAAUACCCUACACUGGGCUUAUCGGGCAAAGGAAAUCCAAACCAAGGCAUGUAAGGCAAACGAGGAGGUAAUUGAAGUGCCUGAAACCGGAACGAAUCCGGCAAAGUUUCUGCUUGAACUGCAGAAGGAGAAUCGUGAAUUGCGAGUACAGUGCCAACAGCAAAAGUUGGUAACCCUUCAAGCACAAUCCUUGGCUGCAUAUGCUUCUCCAACCCCUUCUUCGGUUACAUGUCUAGCAACUCCAUUGAUGGCCCAGCAACAAGAGAAAUGCAAACCUAGGUCCACCUUCUUAACCCGAAACUGCUUCACACCCGAAUCCAUGAAAAUGGCAGAGGAAGAAGCAGUUAAAGAGCUUAGACUGACUGUGAAGGCAUUGGAACUUGAAAUGUCGAGAAUGAAGAAAGAGCAUGCUGCACAGUUAAAGCAGAAAGAUGAUAUCAUUCGUGAGCUUUCGAGAAAGAAGGAUAAAACAUCAGAAGUAGGUGCGAAGAAGGUUGGCACAAGAGCUAGCUUGCGGCCGAAGGAACCAAACCCUGGGGAGUUGAAGAGCCCAAGUCAUCGUUUUCGAUCACCGGUUCCCACAGCCAAAAAAAGAAGCUUCUGGGAUAUAACAACAGCUAACAGCCCAUCAGUCACUAGACUCAAUGGAAGAAAAACUAGAAGCCAUGUCGUUUCGGAACCUGUUGCAGCCCCCUCCAUGCUACCUCAGCCGGGAUUCGCUCGACAAAGACGACCUGAUGCUCUGAAGUAACAACGAAGAGAAAGAAACGGAAAGGAAGUUGUGUUUUGACAGUGUCUCUUCCUUCUCCAAUCCAUUCUACACAAUGAAUGUUCAUGGCUUAAGUGGGGUAUUGAUUAAGAUAUUCUUUGUUG